AUGCCCAUCGACCGAAGCACCCCCAACAACUCGCGGCCUCUGAUGCCCACGCUCGCUAGCAACCGGACCGCCGCAAACGGGAAGACACCCGUCACCCCACGCCUCGCCCUCGCGCCCUCUGCGCCUGCCAGCAGCUCCUCGCAGACAGGCCGCACUGUGCGCAGCGCCAAUGGAGUCGCUCCUCGGCUCGCCGCCCCCAUCAAGGACGACACCACGCCCGCCAAGUCGCUCCUCAGCACCAACAUCACACCGCGCACCACCACACGGAAGUCGCGGGUAGGAGUGGGCAGCAGCUCGUCCACGCCCAACGCCUCACCUGCGACUACCCCUAUCAGCUCGCGCCCCUCGUCCACGGUCGGUUUUGCGCACAGGGAGCACGGUUCUGCUCAAAGUGGGCCGGUAAUAAAUGCGAACCACAGUGCACCGACCGGCCCUCGACCGCGGAGCACUGUGGGGAGCAACAGCCACAAUGUCACACCGACACCACGCUUGCCGCUGUCGAGCGUGUACAAUCACACGCCGCCUGAGACUAGCCAGGCGAAAGAUGGCUCGCCCAUGUUCUUCCAUGCGAACAGCAUCAAGUCGCCCAAGGAGCAAGCCCCGCCACAGAGACCUCCGCAGAAGAAGCCCGCUGUCUUCUUCCACGCGAAUGGUGACGAGGCCAACAGUCCGCGCGGGCCUGCCGUCCCGUCGCCGCCAUCUUCGGCAGCUUCGUCAGCCGUGGGCAGGCCGCAGCUUGGAAGCAAGUUCCUUCAUGCCGACUCCACCCCAGAAGUGCGAUCUCCGCCAAUGCUGAGUCCACCAAUAGUCGCAGCUAUACCGGACCUGCCACCCAACCCAGCUGCUCCUCAGGGACCUGCGGUUCGGGCGCCUUCGCCAACCAAGGAUUGGGGCCACCUGUCCUAUCGAAAGGGUGCCUCACAAAUAAUGCGUCCGAACUUGCACACCCGCAACUCGGCUCUGUCCGUGUUAUCUGGCAUCAGCGUGACAGAAGAGCUGGACAGCUCGCGAAGACGGUCCAGCGUUACGUCGUCACUCAGCAGGCCGGGGCACUAUAAAAGCGCCAGUCUCUCAUCGAUCGACUCGGUCGCCGACUUGAGAAGAGUACCUUCUCACGAAGCCCACGCCACUACACCAAGCCCCACAUACCACGGCAGCCGCGUCGUCAGCAACAGCUCAUCCGUAGCCGACAACAUCGCGCCUACGCCGUCACCACUGGCCAUCAGCCAGAACGCUCUACCCUCGCCUGGGCUGGCAAGCCCAACGAAAGCUGCCGGAGGCCAAAGUGCGCUCGAGAUGAUGAACGAGCUAGCGGCAAAUGCUCGACGAGAGCGAAAAGUCCUCGACCUCGAGAUCAGCAACUCAUCCCUUCUCGCCAUCAACCGCUCACUGGAGAAGGAGAUGCGCAAACAGAAGGCUGAGCUGAAACGCUUCCGUCGAAUGAGCCGCGCGGGUCGCUUCUCAAUCGACGCUAUCACUUCGACCCUGGACACCUUUCCCGCAAAGCGUACCAGUGAUCUCUCGGACAUGUCUGAAGUCGAAGAGGACGAAGGAGAGGAGGUACCUUCAGAGGAAGAGUUGGAGAGUAGCGAGUCUUCCUUCGACGAGAGCGUCCUGGAGAACGGCGACCAAGCAGAGCGCGACGAAGCCUACCGCCUCAAGGACGAGAAGCGUCUUCAGCUGGACCUGGCAAAACACCGUGGCCUGCUCAUGGACAGUCAGAAGAUGAAUGAGAGUCUCAAGCGAUGUCUAGGCUGGACAGACCAGCUCAUCAAGGACGCACAAAAGGCCCUCGACUACAAAGUCAACGUCAGCGAUGUCAGGCUCGGUGGUCGAGUGCUUGUUACCGGAGACGAUGAAGAGGAGGACACCAGCGAUCACGAGGAGGCAAGAGGGCUUCUCAGCCCCUGGAGCCCUCCGCAACGUGCGGCCGACACCCUCGACCCACCAGUACCCGACUUUGCUCGAGCAGAAAACCGCGACAGCGGUGUGGACGUCGGCCGCGUAAAGCACAAUGGCCGCGAUUUACCUGACGAAUUCUCACCACUCGACCCACCCUUCGGGGACAAACUAUCUUACCUUCACGCCGCUAUUGACGCCCUCGAGGCAUCCUAA